AUGGCACCGCAAGACAAGAACGGCUCGUUGAAGCGCGCGCGGCAAUCGCCAGGAGCGCAGCCAGAAGAGCAGAAGAAAGCACGACGAUCCGCACGUCUGUCAGUAGGCGACAAUGACAAUGGCCAGGAGGGAGUGAAACAAGGCCCACUGCCCUCGCCCAUCACACGCCAUGCCACCGAUCCGAGCGAGGACGACCGCACAGAGCCCGCCUGGACACCACCCGUGCGGCCCAUCUCACACCAGCCAGCCACACCACCCGCAGAGUCGCGCCGGCACAAUGGUCUCUCGUCACCGCCAAACGACACCCAGCCGUACUCGCAGUUCCUUGCGCCAUCGAACGUUGCAUACGAAGUGGACGACGAAGAGGGCGAAGGCGUCUGGGGCUACCUCGUGCCUGUCCAUGGCUUCUCCGAGCCGCUGGUGCUGAGGAAGCGAGCAGCAUGUCCGGUGCCCCUUCAUGCUACUAGCAAACCCAGUGGUAAGCAAAGGGUGGCCAAGGACAAGUGGAAGACGGAGGAGGAAAAGUACGAGGUCGACAAAGCCCAGAACGGCACACCCGCUGGAGGCUACCUGCUCGGGCGUCACCCUGAAUGCGAUCGCAUCAUCAACGUUCCUACUGUCAGCAAUAGGCAUUGUCUGUUCUUCUCCGAGAACAAGUCAGGCGACGCGAUUGCCGUACUAGAGGAUCUCAGCGGAAACGGCACUUACGUCAACGACGCAUACGUGGGACGGAACAAGAGGCGCGAGCUGCAAGACGGCGACGAGAUCUCGAUACUGGACGAAGCACGUUUCAUCUUCAGGUACCCGCGCCGACGAGAUCUGCAUGCCAAUGCAUUCAGGAAGCAGUACAGCAUACAAGGUCAGCUCGGCAAAGGCCACUUCGCGACCGUCUACCUGGCGCUGGAAAAGUGCAGUGGCACACGAUUUGCCGUGAAGAAGUUCGAAAAGCGCAGUGGUCCUGGAGAGCGUAGCAAGGUUGAAGGCCUGCAGCAAGAGAUUGCAGUACUCAUGGGUGUCAGCCAUCCGAAUCUGCUGUGCUUGAAGGACACGUUCGACGAGCGGGACGGCGUCUACCUCGUUCUGGAGCUGGCGCCGGAGGGCGAGCUGUUCAAUUGGAUCGUGAUGAAGCAGAAGCUGUCGGAGGCGGAGACUCGCAAAGUCUUCAUACAGCUGUUCCAGGGAGUGAAGUACCUGCACGAGCGAAACAUUGUACAUCGAGACAUCAAACCGGAGAACAUCCUGCUGCUUGACAAGGAGCUCAACAUCAAGAUUGCUGACUUUGGUCUCGCCAAGAUCAUAGGAGAAGAGUCCUUCACUACCACAUUAUGUGGCACACCAUCAUACGUGGCACCGGAGAUCCUCGAGCAGACCAACCGGCGGCGCUACACUCGCGCCGUGGAUGUCUGGAGCUUGGGCGUCGUGCUUUACAUCUGCCUCUGCGGCUUCCCUCCCUUCUCUGACGAGCUCUACUCGCCCGAGAACCCCUACACACUCAGCCAGCAGAUCAAGAUGGGACGUUUCGACUAUCCAUCACCAUACUGGGACUCUGUUGGCGAUCCUGCUCUAGACCUGAUCGACCGCAUGCUCACUGUCGAUGUCGAGAAGCGCAUCUCGAUUGACGAGUGUCUCGAGCAUCCCUGGCUCACGCAACGCCCUAUCAGCGUCACCGAUAGCACCGAUGGCCUGACGGGUGCGUUCUCAGGCCUGGACUUCUCCAAGCGCAAGGUCCAGCGUGAACGUACGAUGUUGUCCUCCAUCAACGAUGUCAAGGUCGAUCAUGUCAUAGAGAGUCAGCCAGAUCUGCCUCCGGUGAAGGUGUGGGACAAGAACGGUGGACAGCACCAUACACAGCGACCUGCGAGUCAGCAACAAGCCGCACGACUGGCGACGGGGAAGAAGAAUGUCGGCCACACCGAGCACACGGUUGAGGCAGCUCCUGACGCGGCUCGGGACCCGGAGGAAUUUAUGGAGAUGGGCGGCAGAGGCGACCAGGUUCUGUUUGGAGAGGGCAACGGCAACAGUAUUUAUCCAAGCGAGACGGUGCGAGCCGGCGCGGUUGAAGAGGAGGAGAAGUGA